UCCCUUUUCGACCGGGAUGGAGACGGUUGCAUCACCACGAAGGAGUUGGGCACCGUCAUGCGCUCGUUGGGGCAAAACCCCACCGAAGCAGAGCUGCAGGACAUGGUGGGGGAGGUGGAUGCCGACGGCAGCGGCACCAUCGACUUCCCCGAGUUCCUCUCGCUGAUGGCGAGGAAGAUGAGGGACACAGACAGCGAGGAGGAGAUCCGCGAGGCUUUCCGCGUCUUCGAUAAGGACGGCAAUGGCUACAUCAGCGCGGCGGAGCUGCGGCACGUCAUGACCAACCUGGGUGAGAAGUUGACGGAUGAGGAGGUGGAUGAGAUGAUCAAGGAGGCCGACUGCAACAAUGACGGGCAGGUCAACUACGAGGAGUUCGUGAGGAUGAUGACGGAGAAGUGA